AUUUGUGUGACGUUUACGGAAGUGCCCGACCUGUUCUCGCGAUACUCUGGCUCGGUCGUGGGAUUUGGAAGGGUAGUGGCUGAGGGGUGACACAACAGGAAUCCCUUAAUAUGAGUGAUGAUAAACCUUUCCAGUGCACUGCUCCUGGCUGUGGACAGAGAUUUACAAAUGAAGACCACUUGGCUGUCCACAAGCACAAACACGAGAUGACCCUGAAGUUUGGUCCAGCGAGGAACGACAAUGUCAUCAUUGCUGAUCAAACCCCUACACCUACCCGCUUUCUGAAGAACUGCGAGGAGGUCGGGCUCUUCAAUGAACUCGCAAGUCCGUUUGACCACGACUUCAAAAAAGCGGCUGAAGAUGACAUUAAAAAGUUACCUCUGGAUUUGUCACCUCUUGCGACGCCCAUUAUACGCAACAAAACUGAGGAACCCACAGCUAUGGAGGCACAUCGAGACAGCCCUCUGCCUCACCCUGAAUCCACAACGAGUGAUGACAAGGACUUAUCUUUGCAGCCAACCUCACUGCCAACAUCCACAAUAGUCCAUCCUGCCUCCCUCCAAGUCCCCAAUGUACUUCUAGCAACCUCAGAGGCUAGUGUUGUAAUACAGCAAGCUCUCCCAUCGCCAACAUCUAGCUCUGUUAUUACCCAAGUCCCAUCCACUAAUAGGCCUAUAGUUCCAGUAUCGGGCACUUUCCCAGUGCUCUUACAGCUGCCUAACGGCCAGACCAUGCCAGUGGCUAUACCUGCGUCUAUUACAAGCUCAAGUGUACAUAUUCCAACUACAAUCCCUCUUGUCAGACCUGUCACCAUAGUGCCUAACGUCCCCGGGAUCCCAGGACCUCCCUCGCCACAGGCACAACCACCAUCACAGCCACAGCCUCAGCCCGCCCAAUCAGAAGCAAAGCUGAAGCUGAAAGCCACAUUGAGCCAGCAGCUUCCUCAGGUAACCAAUGGAGAUGGUGAUGAAGUCCAGAGCAGCGCUGUAACCCACACUGCUGCUCCUGCUUCUCCUGUACCAACUCCAGCUCCAGCCCCAGCCCCGGCUCCGGCUCCAGCUCCAGCCCCAACCACAGCCACGGUCCUAACUCCCGUUCCCCACCAGCCCACUAUCGAGGAACCCUCCCCUCAUUCUCUUCAGCAGCCGGCCACCUCCACCACAGAGACCCCUGCUUCCCCGGUUCCCCCUGCGCAAAAUCCUCCGAGCACAGGCGGGCGGCGGCGCAGAACCACAAGCGAAGACCCUGACGAGAAGCGGCGCAAGUUCCUGGAGCGUAACAGGGCUGCGGCUUCUCGCUGCAGGCAGAAGAGGAAGGUGUGGGUCCAGUCUCUGGAGAAGAAAGCGGAGGACAUGAACUCCAUGAACGGACAACUACAGAAUGAAGUCACCCUGCUGAGAAACGAAGUGGCUCAGCUGAAGCAGCUUCUCCUGGCUCAUAAAGAUUGCCCUGUAACCGCCAUGCAGAAGAAAUCUGGCUAUCACAUUUCUGACAAAGACGAGAGCUGUGAGGAGAUGUCCGUCCCCAGCAGCCCUCAGAAUGAGGCCAUCCAGCACAGCUCCGUCAGCACCUCCAACGGGGUCAGCUCCUCCUCCACGACCCCGGCCGUCUCCGCCCCGUCCAGCGCCGCCACCAUCACCUCGAACCAGAGCACAGAGGAGACUACCCAGUCUCAGCCAUCAGGGAGUUGAUCAUCCGAAAAACUGCGUCCCAGCGUCAACACGGGAGCGCUGCCGUCUCUUCUGUCUCCGACUCACGGAGCAAAGUGAUUCUCUCUCAGCCUCAGUUCUGUCUUCUAAUUUAUUCUCGAUAAUUACUUCAUGUUUGGUCCGUUUUGUCCUCCAUAGGCGACGCUUCUUAAAAAAUGCAAUGUUUUCUCUGGUUGAAGACGAAAGUACAGGCACUUUAGGUGUAAGAUGUAAAACACAUGGAUCAGAAAUGUUUUUGUAUUUGUGUGAGUUAUUUAUUAAUUAUUAAUCCUCUAUAUUAUUUCAUUUGAUUGUCCUGAAGCGGUCGAUCACUUGAUGGUUAGAGACUUUACCAAAGUGUGUUGCGGCUCAUUUGUAAUAAGUUUUCCUGUUUGAUUUCAGGACUUUUCUAAGCACUAUCUUUCUAUCGUUCCACGAAGAACAGUCACUUUAUUUAUAAUUUGCUUUUUCCAUUUUGCACAUUUUGAGGGAGUGAAGGGUUUGUUUUUUCCACACAUUAGGUAAAGGCAGCUUGUUAGAGGUAGAUUUAAAUGCUGCGACGUCACACAGAUGUAAAUGGAUGAAUUGAUCAGCUGUUGUGGAGUUGUACAGUUUGAAUGUUGCAGCUCACCUUUGUUUGUAAAAUAUUCUCCAGGUGAGCUGCUACUGUUUGUUCCUUCAUUGACAUUCCACCUGUAGUCUGAUUGUUCCUGAAGCAGUGAUUGUAGGAUUGCAGUACUUUUCCAUUACUCAAUCAUGGUGAUGUUGAGUUCAUUCAGUGCCAUUAAUGUUUUUCUAACGACUUCUGUACUUUUUUAUUGCAGUUUCAGUUGGGUGCCGUCCUCUCAGAUUAAAGGUCUCCUGUAGAUAACCGCAGAGUAGAGGAGAUGUCCUGCUUUUAUAAAAUGUCUUUGCUUUAUACGUGAACUGUUUCUGGCUUCAGUGUCUAAGGACAUUCUGCUGUUUUCAUGAUCGCAAUUCUAGACGAGGUUUUUCGAAAACAUUGUAAAUGACAUCACUGACAUAUUGUACAUGAUCUUUCAAGGUGUUAUGUACUUUUAUCUUUUUUAUAGGGUAGUCUGGAUUCAGUAGCUCUGUUUUAUCACAUUAACCCUGUAUGUUUAGGAUAGACCUCCUCCUGACCUGUUAAGAUUUGAACUGGAAUCAUUUCUAUUAGAGUAAAACUACUACUGCUUUGUAAGAAUCGUGAACAUUUCAUCAUUGAAAUAAUCGUACGAAGCAAAUUACACCGUGGAGUCAAUUUGCCUUUUCUCUUAGUCUGUACGGGCUUACUACUGUGUAGUUUUACAACAAGCUAACACCUUGUUUUCAUAAAGAAUGUUUUUUAAUUUCAAUCUACUGUUAUGUGCUAUCUGCAUGAGAUAACAAUUCUCUGCGAGAAUUUAACUGUUUGUUCGAUAAUGUCUCCGUCAGAUAAAAGAUCUUUAAACAAGUUGUUUCGACUUGAGCUGCGGCUCGAGGUUUAUGAAAGCUUUAGGUUUUGUUUUUUAUUUAUUGAAUUAACUUCUAAAACGGGGUGUGAUACUGUGUUGAAAGUGUUCUUGUAACUUGUGAAAGUUCUGUAAAAAAUUUGAAUUGCUAAGUUGUUGU